CGCCCAGGAACUCCGGGGCCACCGCGCCCUUCCCGGAUCUGCAGCCGGAUUCCCGGUCUCAGCGGUGGUGGCGCGUCUCCCCAGCGCGUCCCCUCGCGGUGUCCCGGGUCCCCGCACAGCGGCCUGCGGAGAAUGAGCCGCAUCUACCAGGACAGCGCGCUCCGGAACAAGGCGGUGCGGAGCGCACGGCUGAGCACGGCCUGGGAGCCCGCCGCCCACCAGGGGGGCAAUGGCGUCCUGCUGGAGGGGGAACUGGUGGACGUGUCUCGGCACAGCAUCUUGGACGCCAAUGGCAGGAAGGAGCGCUACUACGUGCUGUACGUCCAGCCGAGUCUCAUCCAUCGCCGCAAGUUUGACCCCAAGGGGAACGAAAUCGAGCCCAACUUCAGUGCCACCAGGAAGGUGAACACGGGCUUCCUCAUGUCCUCCUACAGGGUGGACGCCAAGGGGGAGACGGACAGACUCACGCCCGAGGCCCUGAAGGAGCUGGUGGACAAGCCCGAGCUGCUGGCCCUGACCGAGAGCCUCGCGCCCGCGCACACUGUGGCCUUCUGGAUGCCCGAGUCGGAGAUGGAGGCGCUGGAGCUGGAGCUGGGGGCCGGCGUGCGGCUGAAAACGCGGGGCGACGGCCCGUUCCUGGAUUCGUUAGCCAAACUCGAGGCCGGAACAGUGACCAAGUGUAACUUCGCCGGUGACAGACAGACAGGGGCGUCCUGGACGGACAACAUCAUGGCCCGGAAGUCUUCCCAGGCGUCCGCGGCGGAGACCCGCGAGCAGGGGGACGGGGCCGAGGACGCGGAGUGGGACGACUGAGGCUUCUGGGAGAUGCGGCAUCCCUGAGGCGCAACGGUGCUGCUGAGAAUGUCCUCCACCAACCUCCAGUCUAGAGCUCGAGGGGGCAGCCCCCUCGGCCUUGCCUGGUUCCUCCCCCCACGCCGGCACCCUGGAGCACGCUCUGAACCAGCCCUGCUGAGAUCAGACCCGCGGUGUUGGCCGCGGGGCGCGAUGCUGCGGCUCACAGAGGGUUCCUCCCCUGAAUGUGAGUUUGGCCUGCCUAGAUAUUUUCCUGACCGCAGCCUCCUCGUUCCUGGAGGCAGGUGGUGGGUGAGGGCCCCAGGGCACUCAGAGGGACUGGGCUGGGUCUCUGUACCAGACUGGGGGACGUCCCUCACCCAUGUGCAGAGUGGCCCCGAGGGGAAGCUAGCGGCCUCCUUCCUGUCCUCGGGUCUCCGCUUCCCUUGCCCACCCAGCCCUGCCCUGGUGCUCCAUGCUGCGGUCUCUGCUGCCCUGCGCAGUCCUCCUGGUCCCCGGUGCCCUUUUCUCUCCCUGAAGCUGCCGCCUCUGGCUCUCCACCGCCUGGGGGGCUCCUGCCACCGGACCUCUCUGGCUGCCGUCCCCGUGAUGCUGUGCUCAGGUGCGGCUGGCUGGUCCCCAUCUCUCGGACGCACUUGCGUUCAGCCAGGCCUCAUGUUUGAUAAUGCCUUUUUCUUGUUGUUUUGUACCUUGAGACGUUUUUCGUAAAUGAGUAAAGCUUCAGAAAAGGACCCCUCUACAUGCACUGGGUUAUUGUCAACAUAAACAGUCUUCCGGCCAAGCAAGA